UUCUUGAAUGCCGUGCCGAAGAAGAAGGUCAGCCAUUCGAGGAAGAGGAUGAGGGCUGCCAACAAGGGACUCAAGGAUCGUGUAGACUUCGUGCACUGCCAAGCAUGUGGUAAUCCUAAGCUGGCUCACCACAUCUGCGCUUCGUGCUUUGGGGACAUUGCACGGCGUCAAAAG